AUGUUUCUGAAGGAUCUGAUACCGUACGCAAAAUUGGAUUCUUUCAAAGAGGAAUUGCUGAAGCAGCGUAAUUUUGUGAAUUUGGGACUUUUCACUUGGAUUGUCGGCAUGUUACUGAUGUGCAUUAUUUUUAUGUCCUUGAUGAUAGUGAAGGUCGCAUCCACCGCCGAAUAUUAUCAGAAUCAAACCGCAGCGCUGCGCACGCGCAACAUACAGAGCUACAAUCCAACGAGCGGCGACACAGUACUGCCCACUGUGGUGCAGAUCGAUGGUCAGGAGGUGCAGCUGCGCACCGAGUUGCCAGCAACACAUGCGCUGCAGCCGCGUACGCGACCGCUGAGAACACCGAAUCACAUCAAAGUGGACGGCUUGGAGGAGAUGCGCGCACAGGCGCACUUACAGCAACAGCAACAACUACAACAAUACCAACAGCAACAAAUCCAGCAUGAGCAAGAGGAAAAGUUGCAUGCUAGCAAAAGCACCGAAACGGCUUAUUUACUAGAGCGUGCCGAUGUUGGCGUUGGUGGUGAGGCUGCUGGUGGCGGCAGUUCGGUGUAUGAACAGCCGAUUUAUGGAACAUGGCGCACGAAAGCGAGACGAACACAACCGCUGCCGUUAGUGGGCGCCACAACCAGCGGUGGUGGCGAUGCAUUCGUCAUGGGUGGUGGUGAGGAGCGGCUCAACGGCUUUGACAGUGAUUAUCGUACAACCGCGAAUAUUGCAGCCGGACGUCAGCGGCAGUCCAUGCAUCUGUACGAACAAUUGCCACGACGUUCAUCAACAAUGACACCGGUGCGAAGCGAUCUGCGUGACCAGAUACCCCGCCCACCGCGACUCACCUCACGUCAACCAUCCAUGUUGCUUAGCAGGCGACAGUACAUUGAUAUACCGAUCAAUUCGACGUUUGCAAACGAGCAAAAGCCCAAGCCCUUCCACUUUCCCCAUGAAGGUCCGUUGCCGCAAGAGUUUAAGAAGGCUGAAGAAGAGCGUGGCGACGUAAGAAACAUACAAGAUAUACUGCAUCAAUUGCAGUUGGGUGGUGGACCGAGUAAAGUGCCACCAAUGGUGAUGAUGCCCACUGGCUUGCAUAUCGCGGGCUCAUUGAGAAAUCUCAAGUCCAGUGGCAUCGCCAAUUUUUUCCGCGGCAAACGGAAUAAGAAGCAAAUGCAGUUUAGCAUACCCAUGCCAAUACCGGUGAAUAUGCAAAUGAUGAAACCUUUUCCGCCACCAAUCAUGAACAUGAUGCCACAUGCGCCGUAUCAGCAGCGCAUUGCUAUGGAUCAGAUUUAUCCCUUCAAACCACGUUCGCCGAACGACAUCAAUCUGCUGGCCCUGCAACUUCAGAGCAAUCUUUCGAAAAAUAAAAAGAAGAACAAACAGAAACCCUUGAACUCAAACGCCAAUAUGUUGUUACAGCAAUUCAGCAAUCAGCGACCAUUCGCCACAGAUCCGUACAUGGCUGGCUAUCAGCCACUGUUAGAGAUUAGUGACGCGCAGCGUGCGAAAAUGACACGAGUACCACUCAAAGUCAACCUGGAUAUCUACCCGAUGUUACCGCCCUCAAGAGAUUUCAAACCCUCUGCCUUCACCUAUGAUGAAGUGAAAGUGUCUUCAUCCACUCGCAGGCCACAUGCGGUUCGCAAUCCGUUUCUCGACCACUACUCCAUUCCUGUAAUCCCGUCUACGGCUGCCUACGGCUUCAACCACGCAUAUGAACAACAGGCUUUUGCUCCCUUCCGAUUCCCUUCGUCUGCACAACCCCACCUACCACCUCACAUGCCGCAAUCGAACAACAUGCAAAUUAGUUUUCCUGACCAAGUUUCAAAGUCACAAUUCCAAACACCCUUCAUGCCGGUCGAUAUUUCACCACACAUGUCUAGCUCUGCUGGCCUGAGUGGCAGCGGUCCGUCGAAUGGCUUUAAAGGUAAUCAGAAUGAAAUAAUGGUUCAUCUCAAUCUUUUCCCCAAACAAAAACAAAAUGCACUACCAGCACCACUGGCGCCCACAUCCAAUAACCCAUUUUAUAAUCCAUCACAAAAUAUAAAUCGGAAUAUAAUUAUGGAGGAAGGAGAGUCUCUGUCACCGAUUGAGCCGCGCCAUCAGUCGCGUAACACAAAUUCAACAAAUUCACCGGAACAGCAAAUCUCGCGGAGUGACAGCUCUGAACCGGAGGCUCUAGUCGACUUUGAACAUCCGAUUGUGGCCGAGGAGGUCACCGAUCUGCCGCAUGCCGAGGCUUUGGUGAGCAACAAACUGGACGUGGCGGAGAAUGCUACACAUUACGAUCGCGUCGCAGCACACAGCAGCUUCCAACGUCGCAGCGAUUCGGCGAGUGUUGAACAGCUGGCGUCCGAAGCUCAAGCUGCCUCACUAUUCCGCUUCCCAGUGGAGGACUUGAUCAAGUUUCAAGUCGACGACGCGUUGUAA